AUGCAUGAACAUUUCGUCGACAAGACAGUGCAUUUUAUUGUUUGUGGUGCUUCGAUCAACGAACUCGAUGAAGAUGCUAGGGCCUCAUUCAUCGAGUUUCCUGCCAAAGUACCGCCUGUUUGCCUUCCUCGAGCUGCCCUGAUUAGGCUAGUUCUGAAAUCCGCUCAGCGGGCAGAGGAAGAUGCCGCGGAGAAGUUUGAUAUCCUCCUCCAAUGCAUAGAGGCGAAAAAGGCGGAAUUGGUGAGUGCAAUUCAGGAGGAACGAAAUAUGAAGCAGUCUGCACUGAAGGACCAGAUCCAUCAAUGCAUCUCGAAGCUCACCCGUUCAACUGGCCUCAUUCAAUUCUGCAUCGAAAUGCUCAAAGAGAGUGAUUCUCUGGCCUUCAUCCUGGUUGCCCAGUCCCUGAUAAAUCGAGCCCUGAACGCAGAACAGGCCUUCAUGCAUGAGAUCGAACAACCACCAGUGGUCCUGGAAUAUACCUGCUCACCUCCGACAACUACUGGAAGCACCCUCUGGCCCAAGGGGCGACCCGUGGCAAACUCCAGUUUCCUCAGCCUCAUGGAAACGGAGGCUGUUCACAAGGCCAUUGCUGAUCUCUCGCUCCAUGAAGGAGUCGAAUUCCUCCUCCUCCUUCAUCCCAUCCUCUUCUUCUCUUUUCGUCUCCUGCUUACUCCUAAUUAG